UAGAUGCUGCCUCUCCUGCUCAGUUUCUCCAGCAUUUUUGUCCAGCAUGGAUAGAAGAUCGGCUGGCUGGCAGAAGGCAAAGAAUGGGAAUGAAUGAAUGUUUAUUGGCCAAGAAGAUUUCUCUCCUCUUUCAUUAACUGAUAUCUGCUUGGAUUAUUUGAGGGUAAAUUUGAGUACGUUUUGUUGGGAAAGGACAGAUGGCUCAUUCUGUCUCAAGGAAGCUGUGGUGUUUCCGCAAGAACUGGCAGAUCGUUUGCUGCAGAAAAUGUCCCGGAAUGGUGUGCUCAAUGAAAAGACAGUGGGAAUUUUCCGCAGGAAUGAUCUGCUGCGCUUAAAGCGUGCUUGUAUUCGGAAUGCUAAACUGUCAGCAGUAGCAUUCAGGAAAGCAUUCUGCCACCACAAGCUUAUUGAUCUGGAUGCUUCUGGUGUAAAUGCAGAUAUCACAAUAACAGAUAUUGUAAAUGCACUUGUCACAAACAAAUGGAAUCAACAGUACUUGCAGUGUCUUGUGUUGAAUUCCCUAACGCUGUCUCUCGAAGAUCCUUAUGAACGAUGUUUCAGCCAGCUGACAGGCCUGCGUCUUUUAAGUGUUACCAACGUUCUCUUCUACAAUGAUGAUCUCAGAGAUGUCACUUCUCUUCCAAAAUUGGAAAGUUUAGAUAUUUCAAACACAUCUGUUACUGAUAUCACACCACUUCUGACCUGUAAAGACAGGCUUAAAUCUUUGACCAUGCACCACCUCAAAUGCCUGAAAAUGACAACUACACAAAUCUUGGAAAUCGUUAAGGAACUACAGCUUCUGCAACACUUAGACAUCUCUGAUGAUAAGCAGUUUACCUCUGAUAUUGCACUUCGUUUACUAGAACUUUCAGGGAUACUACCUAAUCUCCGAUCUCUGGACAUUUCGGGCAGGAAGCACAUAACAGAUAAGGCUGUUCAGGCAUUUGUCCAGCACCGGCCUACAAUGCAGUUUAUGGGGUUGCUUGCCACAGAUGCUGGCUAUUCUGAGUUCCUUUCUGGAGAAGGAUGCUUAAAGGUUUCGGGAGAAGCAAAUGAAGUACAAAUCUCUGAGGCUCUACGUCGAUAUAGCGAAAGGGCAUUUUUUGUAAGAGAAGCAUUAUUCCAUCUUUUUAGUCUUACACACAGCAUGGAAAAACCACAGCCUGAGCUACUUAAGCUUGUGGUAACUGGAAUGAAAAACCAUUCUACAAAUCUACCUGUGCAGCUGGCAGCUAGUGCAUGUGUAUUCAAUUUGACAAAACAGGACUUGGCAGGUGGCAUGCCCGUACGCCUAUUAACGGAAGUAACACGUCUCUUGUUGAAAGCCAUGGAACAUUUUCCCAACCAUCAACAGCUUCAGAAGAAUUGUCUGUUGUCUCUUUGCAGCGAUCGUAUCUUGCAAGAUGUUCCAUUUAACAGGUUUGAGGCGGCCAAAUUGGUAAUGCAAUGGCUUUGUAAUCAUGAAGAUCAGAACAUGCAGAGGAUGGCAGUGGCUAUUAUUUCUAUUUUGGCAGCAAAGCUUUCAACAGAACAGACUGCCCAACUUGGUACAGAACUCUUCAUAGUCAAGAAAUUGCUGCAUAUAGUAGAGCAGAAGACAGCUCUGUCAUUGGUGGAUACCACUUUAAAGUUUACGCUUAGUGCACUUUGGAACCUGACCGAUGAAUCUCCAACCACCUGCAAGCACUUUAUAGAAAAUCAGGGUUUAGAAUUAUUUAUGAAAGUACUCGAGUCCUUUCCAGGUGAGCCAUCCAUCCAGCAGAAGGUUCUCGGUUUGUUGAACAACAUAGCUGAAGUAAAAGAACUCCAUCCUCAACUGAUGAAGAAGGGCUUCAUUGAGCACAUCGGUGUCUUACUACAUAACAAAGAAGUGGAGGUCAGCUACUUUGCUGCAGGAAUAAUAGCUCAUUUGAUAUCGCGGGGGCUACAUAUCUGGACAUUGGAUCUUGACCUCCGAGCUUCUCUUCUGGAACAAUUGCAUUCUGUUAUUUUAAAUUGGCCAACACCGGAUUGUGAGAUGGUAGCUUAUAGAUCAUUCAGUCCAUUUUUUCCAUUGCUGGAAUGUUCUGAUACACCAGGAGUGCAGAUUUGGGCUGUCUGGGCAAUGCAACAUGUCUGUAGCAAAAAUGCACCUAGGUACUGCAGCAUGCUCAUUGAAGAAGGUGGAAUGCAGCAGCUAUACAAUAUUAAGAACCACCCACAGAUUUCGCCAGAUGUUUUGCGGAUUGUUACUAACAUUAUUGAAAGUUUAGAGAAGUACAUUAUGCGCCAUGGAAAGGUCUCUUCCUGUCACAAAAAGCCACAAACUAAACACAGCGUGAUUUAAAGAGUAACCAGACAAUUGUUUGUGAGAUUGUACCAGUAAGUUUUUUUUAAAACAAAACACAUUUGGUAACUUGUAAGGUCCUUUUUAAAAACCUCCACAAAAAAACAUAUCAUAUGAUGUCCAGAUACAGUAGCCCAGAAUAGCCAAGUAGCCGAAGACACAUGAAACUGACCUAUUUCUGUGUACAACACUCUAAACAAUGCUAUUCCCGAAGAAUUUAAAAACUCAUUAACUUGUGUGUUGCAAAAUGUAUUGUCUGAGUAGUGUUGUACAAUUUUACAACGCAAAGUUGACUCUUUAAUCCAUUAUGUUAUCUGCUGGUUCUUUUGUUACUGCUAUCCAAUGUGACCACAUUUGCAUUUUACUUCAGAUCACUACAUCUUUUAAAGUGAAUAUUGAAUGAGGUAGUAGUCCCUGUCUCAGCUGCUCUGAAUAGCGUACCAAUUUCUGAAAAAUUGACAACUUGUCACAUUUUCUCAACCAAGAAGAAGCAAGUUUUCAUUAUUUAUUCUACAAACUCUUGUAUUGAAAAAUCAUCUUGUAACUCUUUUAAUCAUCUCUGCUUCAGUGCUAAAUGCCCUUUUUUAUAAAAUAUUUAUAAUUUCCUAUCCCAAGUAUUAAUGUCAUUUUCUCAUUUUAAUAUUGUUUCUCUGAUGGAUUAAACCAUUACUUUCUGGUACAGCUACAACAAAUACAUUGUUACCUUUAUUGUUUUCAUCUGUCUUUAAAGCUGUGGUUCUUAUUUUUACAGCUUUAUCUUCCUGAAACUGAAGUUGGGGGGUAGAGUUUAUGAACUAGUGCAUGUGUCUCACUCGGUUUCUACUUUAAACAUCACAAUUUUAUUCAGUCCUACAACAAAAUACAUCCUCUGAUAACAAAUCCUCUGAUAACAAAUCCUCUGAUAACAAAUUCUUAUUCCUCUAAAAAAACAUUUAAACGAAAUUGCAAUCACUAUGUCUGGUGCAAUCCAACAAGGGGAGCCCAGUUUUUAACGUUAGACACUUCUGGGAACAAGCUCUAAAGAUUUUGCUUAAAAUCUUUAUGGUGUUAUUUUAAAGGAAAGUUCUCUGAAAACAUGCCCUUUGUCCAAUUUCAAUACCUCCCUAAAAAAAACUUGUGCUUUCCACUGUGGAUACUAAUGAGCAGUGGAAUCCUUGGGAUAAUUAUGUAUUUUAAUAUUGAGUUGGUGUGGUGCUUAUUAAUCCUGACGUAGAAGGAACAGAUGAUGUUCAAACUCUCUUACUGGUGCAUAGUAAAUCCUGCAGAUGCAGAUUAUGUACUGUAUUAUUGGUGCUGCAGCUGUUUUGUGUUGGAUUCUUGCAAAGUAUUACAUAAGUAACAUUGCAGCUUGGUUUGGUUUGAAUUCAACUCGGACUAUUUUGAUAGGGUUAUAGAGUGGAACUUCCUGCUAAUUGCAACUUUUUACAGCUAGGUUGAAACCUUAGGGACUUGAAAGAUCAACAGGUUCUUUUAACCUUCUAGCAAUUAAAAUACUUGCAACUUUUCUUCAUGCCUUUACAAUUUCUUCCAAAUACCAUCUGGCAAUAAUUUUCUUCAGUACUUCUUAAACCCCAUCUUGCAAAAUUUAAAAAAUAUAUAUUGAAAUAGUGAAACCAUGUAUGGGAGUGAUAAAAACACCAAAAACAUCUCAGUAUAACACACAGAUAUUGAUUCAUUCAUGAUGUCCAGUGUAACCUUCUUUAUUUCUGAAGGCAACGAUAAUAGUGUAUGCAGUUAAAUAUUUCUACAAGUUCUAGAUGGAGUUUGCCAUUGUGGAUUUUUGGUCUGGUUGCUGGUGUUGUCUUUGCAAGUGUUUUGUUUUUUCUUCAAAAAACAGCUUUUAUUUGAAUAAAUGUUGCUCAUGAACUGUUGACUAAAUCUGGAUGUCACUUGUAUGCUACAUUUUAUAAAAUAAGGAAUGGAAAAGUUGAAUUGUAAGAAGCAUAAUCUUUGAUUUUCACCUCAAACCCUUCUUGCUCCCUUUUUGAAAUUAUUUUAUACAACAUAUUACCUCCCUGGAAGAAAUAAGCUUUUGAAAAUCCUAAACUGCUUUUUUCUUUUCAUACUGCUUGCACAUAUUUUACAUAUCAUUGGUUUUAUGAUUUUUUUGCUCAGAUACUGUCCCUUUCAAUACCUCAUUUUUAAAAACGCAUUCUAUUAAAAACGUAUGAUUUAACAUU